AUGGCUGUCAAUAUUGCAAUCCUUAUAGCCAGCUUGCUCUGCAUUCUCUCAUCGGUUUCCUGUGGGCGUGUGAUAGUUGGAGCGAAGACGGAGAUUACUGACGUGAGGACAAACAUGGAAGUGCAGAAGCUUGGGAAGUUCGCGGUAGAGAAGUACAACUACAAACAAAACAACGGCGGCGGUGAGGCGUUGAAGUUUGUGGAGGUGGUGGAGGUGGUGGAGGCGGAGAAGCAAGUGGUGUCAGGGAUGAAGUAUUAUCUUAAUAUUUCAGCCGUUGAUCAUAAUGGUGUUCACAGAAUGUUCACUUCCGUCGUGGUGGUUAAGCCGUGGCUUCAGUACAAAAAGGUUCUCCAUUUUGGGGAUUCAUCUUCUACCUUCCACCAAUUACAAUAUACUAGUAUGUAA